UUAUAACAUAUUACAUUUUUACAGGAAUAUGGUUCCUUCCAAUCUUAUUGAGGCGACAUUUCAGCAGGUGAGUAACACCAGACCAAUGCGAAUGUACAGGUAUGACACAUUUACCAUUGUUCCUAAUAAGUCAGACAUUCCAUUGGUUGUGAUUAACAAAUCUCUACAGCUCAUGGAUAUUGUAGUUUAUAUUGCCUUACUCAUCCGCAAUGUUCUCAUUGAUUCCAGUACAAAACAGAUCUGAUUCCUAUCCUGAAAGUCUCCAGGGUCACAGUGCAGCCCAACUUUGUGUACGUCAUGCCUGACGAAAGUGACCCCAGUGGUCGGACGGUGUUCCUGGAGCUCACUCCACCCCCUGAGAUCCACUACAAGACCAGCCCUGGCAAUAGCCAACAGAUGAAUGUGCUGGGGAUCGUCAUCUUCUCUGCCACCAUGGGUAAAGCCAACAGUGGUGUAAAGUACUUAAGUAAACAGACUUUAAAGUACUACUUACAGUUCAAGUCGGACGUUUACAUACACCUUAGCAAAAUACAUUUAAACUCAGUUUUCACAAUUCCUGACAUUUAAUCCUAGUACAAAUUCCCUGUCUUAGGUCAGUUAGGAUCACCACUUUAUUUUAAGAAUGUGAAAUGUCAGAAUAAUAGUAGAGAUCAUUAUUUAUUUCAGCUUUUAUUUAUUUCAUCACAUUCCCAGUGGGUCAGAUGUUUACAUACACUCAAUUAGUAUUUGGUAGCAUUGCCUUUAAAUUGUUUAACUUGGGUCAAAUGUUUCAGGUAGCCUUCCACAAGCUUCCCACAAUAAGUUAGGUGAAUUUUGGCCCAUUCCUCCUGACAGAGCUGGUGUAACUGAGUCAGGUUUGUAGGCCUCCUUGCUCGCACAUGCUUUUUCAGUUCUGCCCACACAUUUUCUAUAGGAUUGAGGUCAGGGCUUUGUGAUGGCCACUCCAAUACCUUAACUUUGUUGUCCUUAAGCCAUUUUGCCACCACUUUGAAAGUAUGCUUGGGAUCAUUGUCCAUUUGGAAGACCCAUUUGCGACCAAGCUUUAACUUCCUGACUGAUGUCUUGAGAUGUUGCUUCAAUAUAUCCACAUAAUGUUCCUCAUGAUGCCAUCUAUUUUGUGAAGUGCACCAGUCCUUCCUGCAGCAAAGCACCCCCACAGCAUGAUGCUGCCACCCCCGUGCUUCACGGUUGGGAUGGUGUUCUUCGGCUUGCAAGGUACCCCCUUUUUCCUCCAAACAUAACGAUGUUCAUUAUGGCCAAACAGUUCUAUUUGUGCAUGUGCAGUUGCAAACCUUAGUCUGUCUUUUUUAUGGCGGUUUUGGAGCAUUGGCUUCUUCCUUGCUGAGUGGCCUUUCAGGUUAUGUCAAUAUAGGACUCGUUUUUACUGUGGAUAUAGAUACUUUUGUACCUGUUUCCUGCAGCAUCUUCACAAGGUCCUUUGCUGUUGUUCUGGGAUUGAUUUGCACUUUUCACAUCAAGGUACGUUCAUCUCCAGGAGACAGAACGUGUCUCCUUCCUGAGCGGUAUGACGCCUGCGUGGUCCCAUGGUGUUUAUACUUGCGUACUAUUGUUUGUAUAGAUGAAUGUUGUUCCUUCAGGCGUUUGGAAAUUGCUCUCAAGGAUGAACCUGGCUCGUGGAGGUCUACAAUUUUUUUUCGGAAGUCUUGGCUGAUUUAUUUUGAUUUACCCAUGAUGUCAAGCAAAGAGGCACUGAGUUUGAAGGUAGGCCUUGAAAUACAUCCACAGGUACACCUCCAAUUGACUCAAAUGAUGUCAAUUAGCCUAUCAGAAGCUUCUAAAGUCAUGACAUAAUUUUCUGGAAUUUCCCAAGCUGUUUAAAGGCACAGUCAACUUAGUGUAUGUAAACUUCUGACCACUGGAAUUGUGAUACAGUGAAUUAUAAGUGAAAUAAUCUGUCUGUAAACAAUUGUUGGAAAGAUUACUUGUGUCACGCACAAAGUAGAUGUCCUAACCGACUUGCCAAAACUAUAGUUUGUUAACAAGAAAUUUGUAGAGUGGUUGAAUAAUGAGUUUUAAUGACUCCAACCUAAGUGUAUGUAAACUUCCAACUUCAACUGUAAGUAAAAAUACUUGAAAGUACUACUUAAGUAGUUUUUUGGGGUAUCUGUACUUUACUUUACUGUUUAUAUUUUUUACAACUUUUACUUCACUACAUUCCUAAAGAAAAUUAUGUACUUUUUACUCCAUACAUUUUCACUGACACUCAAAAGUACUUGUUACAUUUUGAAUGCUUAGCAGGACAGGAAAAUGGUCCAAUGCACGCACUUAUUAAAUAGAACAUCCCUGGUCAUCCCUACUGCCUCUGAUCUGGCGUACUCACUAAACACAAAUGCUUUGUUUAUAAAUUAUGUCUGAGUGUUGGAGUGUUCCCCUGGCUAUCCGUAAAUGAAAACAAAACUAGAGAAAUCGUGCUGUCAGGUUUGCUUAAUAUAAGGAAUUUGAAACGAUUUACAGUGCCUUCAGAAAGUAUUAAUUCCCCUUGAUUUAUUCCACAUUCUGUUGUGUUACAGCCUGAGUUCAAAAUUGAUUAAAUAGCUUUUUUUCUCUCACCCAUCUACACACAAUACCCCAUAAUGACAAAGUGAAAACAUGUUUUUAGAAAUAUUUGCUAAUUUAUUGAAAAUGAAAUACAGAAAUAUCUAAUUUACAUCAAUCUUCACACCACUGCAUCAAUACAUGUUAGAAUCACCUUUGGCAGCGAUUACAGCUGUGAGUCUUUCUGGGUAGGUCUCUAAGAGCUUUGCACACCUGGAUUGUAUAAUAUUUGCCCAUUAUUCUUUUUUAAAGACUCUUCAAGCUCUGUCAAGUUGGUUGUUGAUCAUUACUAGACAGCCAUUUUCAAGUCUUGCCAUAGAUUUUCAAGCCGAUUUAAGUCAAAACUGUAACUAGGCCACUCAGGAACAUUCAAUGUCGCCUUGGUAAGCAACUCCAGUGUAUAUUUGGCCUUGUGUUUUAGGUUAUUGUCCUGCUGAAGGUUGAAUUAGUCUCCCAGUGUCUGUUGGAAAGCAGACUGAACCAGGUUUCCCUCUAGGAUUUUGCCUGUGCUUAACUCUAUUUCGUUUAUUUUUAUCCUAAAAAACUCCCUAGUCCUUGCUGAGAGUGGUACUCAGUGAUGUGUUGUGUUGGAUUUGCCCCAAACAUAACGCUUAGUAUUCUAGACAUAAAGUUAAUUUCUUAGCAAAUUUUUUGCAGUUAAGUAUGUUACAUUUACUUUUGAUACUUAAGUAUAUUUAAAACCAAAUACUUUUAGACUUUUACUCAAGUAGUAUUUUACUGGGUGACUUUCACUUUUACUUUAGUCAUUUUCUAUUAAGGUAUCUAUACUUUUACUCAAGUAUGACAAUUGGGUACUUUUACUCAAGUAUGAUGUUUGGUGACUUCUACUCAAGUAUGAUCAUUGGUAGAAAAGACUGAAGGCCAGUCUUUUCUGUUUACAUCUACAGCUGUCCGUCUGUCUGUUUACAUCUACAGCUGUCCGUCUGUCUGUUUACAUCUACAGCUGUCCGUCUGUCUGUUUACAUCUACAGCUGUCCGUCUGUCUGUUUACAUCUACAGCUGUCCGUCUGUCUGUUUACAUCUACAGCUGUCCGUCUGUCUGUUUACAUCUACAGCUGUCCGUCUGUCUGUUUACAUCUACAGCUGUCCGUCUGUCUGUUUACAUCUACAGCUGUCCGUCUGUCUGUUUACAUAUAACAUCUACAGCUGUCCGUCUGUCUAGUAUCAAUAUUAAAUGUAUCCAUCUCUCUAGACUGAGUAGAUAGAGCGAGAUAUACAUUUUUUUUCAUUUUGCUCUUUCAGGGCUGUUGCUGGGGAAAAUGGGCGAGAGAGGAGCACCACUAGUCAACGUGUGUCAGUGCGUCAACGAAUGUGUCAUGAAAAUCAUCACGACUGCUGUUUGGUAAGCGGGGGACCAGCUUUGUAGAUACCAGCAUCUGUGUCCAUGACCAUAUUUAUCAUUAGUUUAUCAUGUUAAAUGUUCUAAUUUACUGGCUCAGUGGGUUAGAGGAUGGUACCGGCAACACCAGGUUUGUGGGUGUGAUUCCCACAUGGGCCACAUUCUGUGUACUGAAUAUGUGUCACUAUAAACUGUCACUUUGGAUACAAGCAUCUGCUAAAUUACCCAAGAAAUAUAAUCAGUCUGUUGCAUUUGAUGGCAACCUAGCCUUUUGGCUUUCUGCUAUGAGCAGCAUAAACCUUGUCCAUUCAAACUAGUGGGAUCCAAAGAAACAGUCUGCUACCCAGAUGUGUGUUCACUGUGACUUUCUGAGGCUAUGACCUGUACACGGGCAAGUGGUGAGAACGUGGUCAUCGCCUUGUGGCAAGCUGUGGUGGAGACGUUAAGCAACCAUCUUUCCUCGCUCCACCCAGCAGCGAACUGCACAUGCCGAGGAUUAGUCAAGCAGGAGGAGCUCACCCUGUGCUCAGGGUCAACAGUGACUUAUCCCAGGGACUUUGGCACCACCCAUGCAGUUCAGGUUUACCUCAAACGGCCGGGCCAUAUUGUAUGAUGUCCCUUACCACAGAGGUUCUGCUGCUAAUAGGAUUGACCUCAAAGCCUUGAAUGACUUUUGGCUCUGACAUGGUUUUAGAGGCAGGGAGCAACUCAGGUGACAUAACAGGGCCAUUUUUUUCUUAGUAUUUUUUAUGAAUAAAGUACUUGACUAGUUUUCACAAUACAUAACAUAAUAGAAAAUUACCAUUUAUUUACUUUUAUUCUGUUCGACUGGGUGGAAACUGAUCAUUAGGAAAAACACAUUGACAUUUUACCAAGUAUAGACAGUCUUUGGAGGUGUGUAUUUAACAAAAGUGAAACACAGUUUUAUAUAUACAGUAGGUCAUUCAUUCUUUUUUCAUUUCCGGACAGGUAUUUUCCAUUUGGGAUCAUAUUCCUCGUAGCUGGAAAAAUCCUGGACAUGCAGGACCCAUCUAAUCUUGGGAAGAAGCUGGGCUGGUACACCAUCACUGUUCUGGCCGGGCUGUUUGUCCACGGCCUCAUCCUCCUCCCCUUCUUCUACCUUGUCCUGACUCGGAAAAACCCCUUCACUUACAUCAGAGGCCUGCUACAAGCCUUGGUCAUAGCACUGGCCACCUCCUCAAGGUAAGGCAGUUGUCUCUCAGUGCCUAUGUUUCUCAUCGAACAAUGUCUUCUUCUUCAUUGUCCUGAAGGUCAGCAGUAUGCAACCAGGGUUGGGGUCAAUUCCUUUCUUAAUUCAGUCAGUUCAGCAAGAAAUGAAUUGACAUUCAACUCAUGUUGAAUUGGAAAUGUACCUUUGCUUUUUAUGAGGAAUUGAAUUUCAGCUCACCCUCUGAAUAGAAAUGGAAUUCACCCCCACUCAGCAAAGUUCCAUAACACCUGAUUCAUUAGGUGUGGUAAGGUGUCAGCAUGCUUCAGUUCGGCUGGCACCUAGCCGAACUCUGCUAGCCGAACCGAACGUGUGUGCUCGCAUACUCCCUUAAAAGACCUUCGCUUGAAAAACAAGAAAAAUGCGGCAAUAGUACUGUUUGUCCAUUUUUGAGACGCCGUAGCCAGUAUAUACUUCCUCAAAAUAGUCAGAAUGAAUCUAAGAUAACUCAAGAAAUCUGUCAUUUGAUGUUUUUGUCGAGGAGAUCUUAGUCGCGCCAUUUUACAUCUAACUAAGAUGUUUGGUGCAGUAUUUUUCUUUGAAAAAAUGUGCAGGAAAACGAGUCGUCUCUGGUUGAAUGACAACAAAGACUUUAUUGAAGAAUCCCUACUGUUGACCAAUCACCAACGAAUUGGCGUAGACUUUGACUCCAAACUUGUUAUGUGCCCAAACAGCCCCCAAAAAACGAACCGAAGUCCAAAACGAACAAACACACAAAACUGUUUUGGCUGGGAAACAAAAGCUUGUAAACACUGUGGCCUUCCAGGACCAGAUGUUAAAAAGACUGUCAAAGUGGAUUGAGCUGAAUGCAUGAAAAAGGGUUCCUUAUAAACAUUGUAAUGGCGAGUUUGAUUGAUCAUCUCCAGCUUCAAACACUCUCUACAAAACCCUUACCUUAGUCAAAUUCAUCUGCAUCAUGUUGCAAUUGAUCCCCAGUAUGGUGAGAUUAGAGGCAAACAGUCAAGUACAGAAAUGUAUUAAGAGAAUAAUAACUUAAAUGUCCAAAAUUAUAUUUAAAAUUGUAGUUUAAAAAGCAUGAAAGCUCAGUGUUGCAAUUGUUGUAAGUAAGGAGUGUAAGCAGAAGGAAGCCAGAAGGAGUCAAACUGACAAUAAUCUAUCCAGAGGAUAUCAGUUCAUAAUAGUAGAAGCCCCUUCCUUACUCAACUAUCUCUCUUUCUCUCUCAAGUUCUGCCACUCUGCCCAUCACUAUGAAGUGCUUGCUGGAGAACUGCAAUGUGGAUCGGCAGAUAGCACGCUUCGUGCUGCCUGUGGGGGCCACCAUCAACAUGGAUGGAACGGCUCUUUAUGAGGCCGUGGCGACCAUCUUUAUCGCCCAGGUCAACGAUUAUGAGCUGGACUUUGGCCAGCUGGUCACCAUUAGGUAUGUAUUGGGUUUCAAAUCAUAAAGCUACCAUUGCAUCUGCAGGGUGAAACUUUGAGUCCUAACUCAAAAGCAGUAACCACCCGGUGUAGUCUGCCAUGACAGCCUGGGUGUUGAGAUUAUAACCGCUGGGACAAAAAGUAACAUUCUUCCUGAUAUUACUUUUGUUUCACACAACUUUAGUACAUGUGAAUGUGCAUUAUUGCUGUACUGAAUAAAAAUAUUUUUUUCCACAAUGACAUUCAAUCACUGUGUUUGAUUUAAUAAAGAAAUCACUACAAGCAAUAAGGCUGUCAAGAUGUAGGUCAUGCAACUUUUUUAAAGGUAUUGCUCAUAUCAGUGUUACCAUGGCAGGACAAUAUUGUAAUGCACCUUCUUAGCUUUGUAAUUGAUUGUUUUGGUCUCUGUUUAACAGUAUAACAGCUACAGCUGCCAGCAUAGGUGCUGCUGGGAUUCCCCAGGCCGGCCUCGUUACCAUGGUGAUUGUCCUGACAUCAGUGGGUCUGCCGCCUGAUGACAUCACUCUCAUUGUGGCCAUCGACUGGGUGCUGUAAGUUCACUAUGACAACAAUUAGUCAUAUUCAAUAUCUACAGUAGGCCUAAAACAUAUUAGAACAUAUGCUACACAUGUUGAUAAUAGUGACUGAAACUGCUGACUAUGGUUUAGAAUGGUUGUCAAGGGAAACCUUAAAUUGUUUACUAACUUCAUGGCAUAGAACAGACUGGUUGUAAUGGGGCCAGUAUUUUGGUGCUUUCAGAGACAAUGUUUGUGGUUGGAGUGGGAGGCUGAUCUCUGAAGCUUUUGUAUUCUCUGUGCUUUCAGGGACCGAUUCCGAACCAUGAUCAACGUGCUUGGAGAUGCCCUGGCAGCAGGAAUCAUUGGCCACUUAUGUCAGAAAGACUUUCCUCUCGGUGGUAGUGGCAAGGUAGGCAGCUGUCACAGUCUAGCUGCAACAAUUUCAUUUAACAUCAUCCACCUGUAGUCCUGAGCUUCUGUUAAACUGUUUUCAUGUGAGGUAUAAGAGACCCUGCACAAAAUAAUUACUGAGGUCUUAGAUUGAUUUAAUUUGUGCCAGCCAGGGUUACAAAUUCAACAAUCUGAAAUCAAUAUGUUAUUUGAAUAUAGACCUCUGAACGUCUGCUCAGUUUCUGUCACUUAUCACAGAGAUACUGAUCACUGUGUGUGUGUGUUCCUUCCCAGUCACAGCCUUCAUAUGGCACACAGAACAAACACAACUUGCACGACAUGCAGAAUGGCAUGCCUCUGACCGAGCUGCCUCUGUACAAGCAAGACUGCUGUUAUGAGGUGAUGGAGGACACAGUCAACGAGAGCCCCACUAUAUACUACAAUAUCUGUCAAGUUUAA